ACCAUAAUUCAUUCUCCAUCCAUGAUCCAUUCCAUUCCAUUAUUUCUUCCUUCACAAUCUCUCAAGCAUUCAUAACCUUCCCUUCCUUGCUUCAACACCACAAUCUCCUCCUCCUCCUCCUCCUCUCUCUCUCUCUCUCUCUCUCUCUCUCUCUCUCUCUCUCCUUCCCCUUCUUUCCUCGGAGAAAUCUAAAAAAGCGACCUUUAUAAAACCAAGAAAGCCAACAGCAUGAUCUCCCUUCCUUUCCUUUUCCUCUCCCUCCUCCUCCCCCUCCUGUCCCUUACCUUCCACUUCGCCGCCGGCGACAACGCCUACGAUGUGCUCCGCUCACACGGCCUCCCCAUCGGCCUCCUGCCCAAGGGCGUCAGCGACUUCUCCAUCGACGCCGAUGGCCUCUUCCAGGCCCGCCUCGACGCCCCCUGCACCGCCACCUUCGAGAGCGAAGUUCGCUACAAUGCCAGCGUCGUCGGCACCAUCUCCCACGGCCAGAUCGCCUCCCUCUCCGGCAUCUCCGCCCAGGAUCUCUUCCUCUGGUUCCCUGUCCUCGCCAUCCGCCUCGACGACAACACCUCCGGGAUCAUCCACUUCGAUGUCGGCGUCGUCGACAAGCGAUUCCCCCUCUCCCUCUUCGAGGACCCUCCCGAUUGCACCCCCCUCUCGAAUUCUGCCGAGAAUCAAUCUGACAACUCCCAAUACGAAAUCGAUCGAGACGCUGCUAAAAAAGCUGCAAUUUGAGAGAAUCCGCUGUCUCUUCCAUUCCAGAAUGAAGAAUGUUUCAAUUUUGGCCGUGUAGCUACCGCAAUCAGCUGCAGAAGUAAUGGCAAGACGGAUCGAAGCAGUGACAAAAAAAAAAAAAAAUGCAUCUUUAGGAUCAUAUGAUUAUGUAAUGCAGCAAGCGAGCUCCCUCCUCUGUUCUCCCUCGUUAUUUGACUUAUUGUGAGUAUUUUUUUUCCAGUCCAUGUUCUGUACAUUGUGGGAUCUUUAAGCAUGCAUAUCGAUUACUGUUAUCAGAA